CGAACAUUUACUUACUGUGUAGUGUGCACGUCUAUGUCUGACGCCGAUUUUUCAACAGUUCGACAACCGUGCUAGUUCAAGCAGUCAUUGAAACUCAUGGCCUCAGCACCGCCUCCAAACUUCUCGUGGGUGGAUCCUGGUAAAGUGGCAGGAUUGGCGAUGCCCAGGAUGACCGCUCACUAUCAGUACCUGCUGAACAACGGCAUCAAGCACCUGGUGAGCCUGAGCGAGCGCAAACCUCCAUAUCACGACACCUGUCCGGACCUGACCCUUCACCAUAUCAAAAUACACGACUUCUGCUCCCCAACGUCUGACCAGAUAAAGAGAUUCUUGUCUGUAGUGGAGGAGGCCAAUGCAAAGGGACAGGGAGUCGCGGUGCACUGUAUGCAUGGUUUAGGCAGGACGGGGACGAUGCUCGCCUGCUACCUGGUGAAAAGCAGGAAAAUGAGUGGAAUUGUUGCUAUAAAUGAGAUCCGAAGCAUUCGACGAGGAUCCAUCGAAACCAGAGAACAAGAACAAACAGUGGUGCAGUUUUACCAGCAAAAUAAAGUGUAAAAUAGGAAUACGUUUCUAUAUGGUUCAUUUUAUAAUGUUGAUAAAUAAUGUACUGUAAAGCAAUAAUAUAUAUUUAUAAACUAUCCAACCUUUUGUUUCACAUUUAAUUGAGAUUCAAUAUUGUCUGAAGUUACCACAGUUAAAGGUUGUUUUUUGUAUUAAGUAUUGAUUACCGUCUGUAUGACUAUGGUUUUACUGCAAAUACCAUGAACGCUCACUCUUUUAGUGUUUUUUGCACUGUAACUUCAGCACGUCAUAUUUAAGAAGCUCUUUAGUCUGCUGCUGGUUCAUCUUUUGAUUUGUAAACUCAGGCCUUCUGUGCCUUGAAGUGUUUCGGUUUGUCCGCCAGAGGGCGCCCUUUCUAUAUUCUCCAAAGAUUACCUUUAUGUGUGCCUGUUUUUGUGAGAUAUAGAACACAUUCACUUUGUGAAUAAAGAUUGAAGAAGGUUAAUUGAAGAUUAUGUUUUUCACAUCUCUUAAAAAAAUCCUAAAACAGGAGCUAACUGUCACACAGAGAUGGUGUCACACAUAUAUCUCUGGAACUAUGUUUUGGUUAAUAAUUGGUAAAAUAUUCACCAAACUUGCAUAUAAAAUGGCCAACACACUUUUGCAUAAUAGCACGAGACUAAAUGAUGUCCUUUUAAUAUGAAUUAAAUGAACUUUUCAAUAAAUUGCCUGGUAUACACUAAUACAACCCAAAUUGUUCGGGGUUAUUUUUAAGAACAUGAAACAUUUCUCAACGAGCAUAUCUGCACUGUUUCUUGGAUUUGAAAAUGACUUUCUAAGUUUUGAAUCAGUUUCAAAUAGUAUCUUUGAAAAGCUCAAAGAUUUCCACAUGGUCUCCAACCACCUCGCACUUCAUUUACUGUAAAUGCAAAGAGAUAACACGACACA